AUGGCUUCGUCGCUGCGAAAGGUGUUUGGCUCCAGCCGCACCAAGUCGUCCGCCUCAGCUUCGAGUCACGGCCGCGUCCGAUCCGAAGAUGAUCAGACCAGCUCCAACUCGAACUCUGGCUCGCCUGCUGCCUCUCUGGGCAAAACCUCGUCCAGGAUCUUCGGUCGAGCCGACCGUGGUGCUUCGCCCAGCCCUUCUACUCCCCACUCGCCUCUGCCUCCCACCACUCCUUCCAAGAGCACCACCAACGCUACUGACAAGCCCUCGCAGCCAAUCCCUUCCGCUCCUUCCGCUCCUUCCGCCAAGACCGAAAACCAGUCGGCUCCUGCGCCUUCUCGUCAAACUCCCACUCCUGCCACUGAUCCCGCCACCGUUUCGGCUUCUCCGAAACCUCAGGUAGAGUCGGCGCGCAUGCCCUCUUCCAAUCUGGCUCCCAUCACAACGCCUGUUGCUGUUGGCGCCACUGCUUCAAAAGACAGCAAAGCUGACAAAAGCGCCGAUAACACGCCCACGUCCGACAACGCCGCCGCUGGCAACGUCAAGAUGCCCGACCCAGUUAAGCCUCUGAGCAUCAACAUCCCUAUCAACCAGGAAGUCGCCGCACAGCCGUCUGCCGAGCUUCCCAAGAAGCAGCCCAAGUCAGAAGUAAAGUCGAUCAACGGCUCGAUCAAGGAGAGAGACGAUCUCACCCCCGUCGGCGUCUCAAACACGUCGUCCUUCCACUCGCGCACCAAUGCCGACCAGUACCGUGCUGACUACCAUCCCGACAACGCCUCCAAGUAUGCCAAUCCUAACCACUACUCGGCUCGCCCCGAGACCUACCAUCGCAAAUCGUUCAGCGCCGGUGCUCCUUCCCUUGGCGAACAGACUCCCGCUCAGUCGCGUCGUCAGUCUACCAGCGAGCACGAUAUUGGUCAUACACGUGGCCCCACAGCUAACCUGAGCAAUGCCGUCGAGGCGCGUGCCUCCUCCCAGCACUGGAUGUCCGCCGAAGAUCAGCGUCUCCAGGAAGACGCCGACAAGAGGCGUCACUGGAAGCGUUGGGGUCCUUACCUCAGCGAGCGUCAGUGGGGCACUGUUCGAGAGGACUACUCGUCCAACGGAGAUGCAUGGUCUCACUUCCCCCAUGAAUUGGCUCGUAGCCGCACCUACCGAUGGGGUGAAGACGGUCUUGCCGGUCUCUCGGAUAACCACUGCAGGAUGGGUCUGAGCUUGGCUCUCUGGAACGGAAAAGAUCGCAUGCUCAAGGAGCGCCUCUUUGGUCUCGCCAACAACGAGGGAAACCAUGGCGAAGACGUCAAGGAGCUCUACUGGUACCUCGACAGCACCCCCACGCACAGCUACAUGAAGAUGCUCUACAAGUACCCGCAAGAGUCGUACCCUUACGAGCUCUUUGUGCGCGAGUCGCGCAACCGUAGCCGCGACGUUGCCGAGUUCGAGAUCACCGAUACCGACCUCUUUGAUGAAGACAAGUACUGGGACGUCUUUGUCGAGUACGCCAAGGACAAGGACGAGGAGAACGCCAUUUCGAUCCGCAUCAGCGCCUACAACCGUGGUAACGAGCCCGCAGACCUUCACAUCAUCCCUCAGCUCGUCUUCCGCAACUACUGGUUCUGGCCCAAGGAGGAGCCGCCCAAACCCAAGAUGAAACAGUCCGGCGACUAUGUCAUCCAGGCCGAUCACCCCGACCUCGGCCGCUAUCACCUCUACUGCUCCACCAGCCCUGCUCCCAGCGCCCCUCCCGCCAAGCGUGGCCAGGCUCCUGAGCCCAUCUCGGACGAAGAGGUGGUGCCCGACCUUCUCUUCACCGAGAACGAGACCAAUUUUGAGCGUCUCUACAGCGGAAACAAUCGCAACAUAUACGCAAAGGAUGCCUUCCACGACCACAUUGUCCCCUGUCAUCGACAGGAGAAGGACCGUCCCAAGGCAGUUGAAAAGACGCGUAAGAUCAAAAAGACGGUUGUUCGCGAAGAGAGGCGACCCGUCCAGCGCGAUCCCGUGGCUGUUCCGCCUAAGGGCAACGGUGCUUCUGCCGAGGCUGAGCCUGAGGCUGCUGCCGCCGAGAAGCAGUUCGGUACCGUCGGUCCCACCCAGGAGCAGGAGUACGAGAUCGUCGAAAUUGAAGAGGAGGUCGAAGAAGAAGAGACCUACUUCGAAGACCCCGAUGAGUCCAAGCCUCCUCGCGACUAUGUCAAUCCCAACAAGGAAGGUACCAAGGCUGGUGCCCACUAUGUCUUCCGCCAGGUGCCACCUUUCGGAGGAUGCGCCGUCGUCAGGAUGAAGCUUACCCCUAAGACGCCCUCGCAAGACCCUGCCAUUGACGAUGACGAGCAGUUUGACACCACUGUUGAGGCUCGCCGUUCGGAAGCCGACGAGUUCUACGCCAAGCUCAUCAGCGGUCCCAUGUCGGACGACAUGAAGAACGUUAUGCGUCAGGCGCUGGCCGGUAUGCUCUGGAACAAGCAGUUUUACAUGUUUAUCCAGCCCGAGUGGCUCCGCGGUGACCCUGGUCAGCCAGCGCCCCCUCCUGAGCGCAAGCGUAUCCGCAACCACGACUGGAGGCACUUGCACAUGGAGGACAUCCUCUCGAUGCCUGACAAGUGGGAGUACCCCUUCAGUGCUGUGUGGGACAGUGCUUUCCACUGCAUUCCGCUCGCCAUGGUUGACCCUGCCUUUGCCAAGAAGCAGCUCGACCUAUUUACGCGCGAGUGGUACAUGAAGCCCGACGGUGCGCUCCCCGCCUAUGAGUGGAACUUUUCGGAUGUCAACCCCCCCGUGCACGCCUGGGCCACUUUCCGUGUGUUCAAGAUAGAGCGAAAAAUGUACGGUCGUGAGGAUCUCGACUUCCUCGAACGUGUCUUCCAGAAGCUGCUCAUCAAUUUCACCUGGUGGGUUAACCGAAAGGACUCGAGCGGCUCCAAUGUCUUCGAGGGCGGUUUCCUCGGUCUCGACAAUAUCGGUCCCUUCAACCGUUCUGAACCUCUCCCAACUGGCGGUACGCUUCGUCAGGCCGACGGAACCGCUUGGAUGGCCUUCUACGCGCUCAACAUGCUCAACAUGGCGCUCGAGCUGGCCAAGCACAAUCCGACGUACGAGGACAUUGCCUCCAAGUUCUUUGAGCACUUCAUUUUUAUCUCGGACGCUAUGUCGUUCCACGAUACGUUUGACGACGAGAGCACCAGCCUAUGGUCGGACAAGGAUGGCUUCUACUAUGAUGCCAUUCAGUGGGGUCCCGGUAACAGCCAGGUGAUCCCCGUCAAGAGCCUGGUCGGCCUCAUUCCGCUCUAUGCCACCCUGACCAUCGAGCCUUCGGCGCUCAAGAGGUUCCCAAGCUUUGCCAAGCGCAUGCAGUGGUUCCUAGACAACCGACCCGAGAUGGCCGACCGCAACAUUGCCAACAUGAAGGUGGGUGGUCGAGGCGAUCGACGCCUGCUGUCUAUGGUGAGCCGCGAGCGUCUCGAGCUGAUCCUCAAGCGUAUGUUGGACGAGAACGAGUUCCUCUCCCCGCACGGUGUUCGUUCGCUCAGCAAGGAUCACCAGAAGAACCCUUUCCAUGUCAAUGUUGGAGGAGAGGACUUUGGUGUCGGGUACUGGCCUGGCGACUCGCACAGCCCCAUGUUUGGCGGUAACUCUAACUGGCGCGGUCCUAUUUGGAUCUGCGUCAACUUUCUGCUCAUCGAGUCGCUGCAGAGGUUCUACCAGUACUACGGCGACAGCUUCAAGGUGGAAUGCCCUACGGGAAGUGGAGACUACAUGCACCUGGGACAUGUUGCCGAAGAACUGUCUCACCGCCUGCUCGGCAUCUUCCUGCGCGACGACCAGGGCAGGAGGGCCAACAACGGCGGUAUCCCUUUGCUCGACUAUGCUCCCGAGUUCAGGGACCUGGUGCACUUUUACGAGUUCUUCCACGGCGACACGGGCAAAGGUCUGGGUGCGUCGCACCAGUGUGGCUGGACGGGUCUCAUCGCCUACACCAUCUAUUCGACCGGUGCAAGUUACGGGUUGGCGCAGACCCCCAGGACGCCAAAGUCGACAGCGGCGCACUACUUUGACGAGCAUCUCACCGAGGAUGGCCGUUCUGAGGCCGGAAGCGUACCCUACUCGACGGCGUACUCGCGACCUCCGUCGCCGGAUGAGCUUUGA